AAGAGGUUAUGUUUUCGGGAUCACUGACUGUCACUGACAUUGACUGAUACAUAGUAUAAGUUUUAUUCUACGUUUAAAAAAAAUUAUAAUAAAGUAAUUACUCGAUUUUAAGAGAAAGAUGAAAUAUAAGAAAGAAUGGUUAUGACUCAACGCAGAAUGAGACAAAUAGCAAUAUUUAUAAUAUGCUUAAUAUUGAUUCUAGGUCUGUACAAAUCGAUUGUCACUACAGAGAAUGAAAGAAGUUUCUUCGCACCAUUUCGUAAUCAAAAUCAGAGCAACAAUGAAAAAAUUUAUACCAAUCGUAGAUCAGAUGUCGUAUACGAAACGAGAGAUUUUUCGAAUGGAAAUAUUAAAGAGCUUCAAGCGGCACAGGAGAAAAUAAAAAUUCUCGAGAAGAAAUUAAAAGAAAUGGAAACUGUGAUUAAUAAUCAAGUGCAUAAAAGUUUCCCAGUAGUUAAAUUUUUGAAUUACAAGAAUCGUAAACGUGUCCUGGUAACAGGUGGUGCUGGAUUUGUGGGAUCACAUUUAGUUGAUCGUCUAAUGAUUGCCGGACAUGAGGUCAUUGUCGUUGAUAAUUUUUUUACCGGUAGAAAACGAAACGUUGAACAUUGGGUAGGCCAUGAAAAUUUUGAAAUGGUGCAUCACGAUAUUAUCAGGCCUCUUUAUCUCGAGGUUGAGGAAAUUUAUCAUCUCGCUAGUCCGGCUAGUCCACCUCAUUAUAUGCGAAAUCCCGUGAAAACAAUUAAGACUAAUACUUUAGGAACAAUUAAUAUGCUUGGUCUUGCGAAGAGAGUUGGUGCUCGUGUUUUAAUAGCCAGCACUUCUGAAGUUUAUGGCGAUCCAACUCAACAUCCUCAAACGGAAACCUACUGGGGCAAUGUUAAUCCCAUUGGACCCAGAGCUUGUUACGAUGAAGGAAAGCGAAUUGCGGAAACAUUGAGUUACGCUUACAUGAGACAGGAAGGAGUUGAUAUUCGAAUUGCUCGAAUUUUUAAUACUUUCGGUCCACGAAUGCACAUGAACGACGGAAGAGUCGUUUCAAAUUUUAUACUCCAAGCGUUACAAAAUGAUUCAAUAACAAUUUAUGGCAAUGGAAAGCAAACAAGAUCGUUUCAAUAUGUCUCCGAUUUGGUCGAUGGUUUAAUGGCUUUAAUGGCCUCGAAUUACAGUUUGCCCGUUAAUCUCGGAAAUCCCGUUGAACACACAAUAGAAGAAUUUGCUGUGUUCAUCAAGGAUUUAAUAGGAGGUACAAGUACAAUUGUUGAACUUGCCGCACUCGAAGACGAUCCCCAGCGUCGAAAACCGGAUAUUUCACGUGCAAAGAAAUAUUUAAAUUGGGAGCCAAAAGUACCGUUAACUGUUGGCCUAAAGAAAACCAUAGCAUAUUUCGCGAAGGAAUUGCAAAAAACAAAACGCCAUCAAAAGAAUUUAAAGCAGCCUACAUUUAAAAAUGAUCAUGAUAUAAUUGAACAUUUAUAGAAUCAAAUUAGUUUAAAAAAAAAAUAACAAUUUUUCCUCAUCAAAAUGUCGAUUACGAGAAAAUAAUUAUAAUUCAUGACCACAAUGUGCCAAAUAUAUUUUCAAUUUUCGAGAUUUUUCUAUUUUUAUAUUAUUAGAUUCAGAAUUGGUCGAGUUUAUGGUAUCUGCCCGUUUUUCGUAAUCAAGAAAAGAAAUUAAUAUUCUAGAUGUUUAUAAUAGGUAAUUUAAUUAUUAACUAAAUGUUGAGAUUUUGUUUUAAAAAUUUAUAAAUGUGAGAAUGAAAGAGAAUAUGAGAAAUGUUUUUUAAAAUGUUUAUUUAAGUGUUGCAUUCUUAUAUAUAAUAACUUAACUAGUGUUCUUUUCUUUUUGAAAUUCAACAAGUACAUAAGGAUUCUAUGUACUUAAAUAAAAAGCAAAUUGUCUUUAAA